AUGCAUAAUAUAAUUUUUCAUCGAAAUCAUCCAAAUGAAAGAUUAUGUUUAACUCUUUGUUAUGGUAUAACAUCAAAAUCAACUAAUAAUAUUUAUAUUCAACAAGUUGAUAAAGAGAGUAUAGCAGGUCAUCAGGGUGAACUUCGAAGUGGUGAUCAAAUUAUUAAAAUAAACAAUCAUCGUGUUACAAGUCGAGACGAAGCAAUUAAUCUUGUAAAUGGUGCUUGUCAUAUUCUUUUACAAAUUGUACAUUUUCAAGUUAAUUGUCUUCCAAUAAUUCAAUCAAUACCAUUAACUGAAGAUGAUAAUGGUGUUGUUCUUGCUUGUAAUACAGAUAUUGAAACAACAAAUCAAAAAUCUUCAAAUGAAUGUAAUAAUUUAAUAAAAAGUUGUAUUAGUUUAUCAUCAUCUACAUUAAAUAAUAAUUGUUUAUAUUGUCGUCGUAUACAAUCUUAUACAGAUCAAUUUCAAUAUCGUCGUUGUUUAUCAUUAAAUGAUUUAAGAUCAUGUAUAAAACAUGAAGAAAAACAAAUUCAAUAUAAAAAACCUUUAAUUUGUUCUCAAAGUCUUUUGGGAAUAACAACAGAUAAUGAACAAAUUAUACUUAAACCAUUACCAUUUAAUAAUCAAUCACAACAAAAUUUAAUUGUUAAACGUCGAAAUGAUAGUGAUAGUAGUCAAUCAAAAUCAAAUGAUUCAUAUCAUUCUCAUUACAAUAAUAAUUAUAAUCAAUGGACAUUAAAACAUUUUCGACGUCGUUGUCGUGAACAACGUUUAAAAGAACAAUAUCAAACAACAGAUGAUAAACCAAUGAGUGAAUUAAAACAAGGUAAAUAUUGGACACGACAACAACGUAAAGAACAUUUAGCUAAAACAAAACAAUAUCGACAACGUGCAACAUUUUUUCAGCAACGUUCAAUAAUACCUUAUUCAGAUUCAGCAACAGAAGAUUUUAAUUUAUUAAAUCAUAUAUUUAUUCAAGAAAAUCAACAAGAAUUAAAUGAAAAACUAUAUUUAGCUUAUAAAUAUGGACAACAAUCAUCAAUUGAAAGAAAUCGAUUAAAACGAAUGAUUCAACAACAUUAUUUUAAUAGAAUUAAAUCUCAAUCAACUAGAAACUAUAUCAAUUUCUAUGAAUUAAGAGAAUUAUUUAUUUCAUUGUGUUUAACACGUCAAGUUGAUAAACGAACAUUAGAAAAAUAUCAAAAUGAAGCUCGUGAAAAAUCUCGAGAAUCUUGGUAUUUAUCAUGGGCAUUAGAUACAAAUGAAGAAGAAAGAGAAAAAAGGAAAACUAUUGAAGGUGGUCGAGCUUGGUUUGAAACAGAAAAAAAACAUUUUAUUAUUCUUGAUGCACCUGGUCAUAAAUGUUUUGUUCCAAAUAUGAUUGGUGGUGCAGCACAAGCUGAUAUUGCUAUUCUUGUGAUUUCAACUCGAAAAGGUGAAUUUGAAACAGGUUUUGGACGUGGUGAACAAACUUGA